UGCACUCUGACAGGAGCCAUCAUGGGGAGAGCUCUGAUGCAAACCACCCUCUUUGCUCUGUUUCUGACUUUGGUCACCUCAUUACCAAAUAAAGAUGACUGGGACAUCUACAGCUUUCACAUCAACUCCACAGUGACCAGUCGUUAUGCUACAACAGUCAUCACAAGCCGCGUGGCCAAUCGAAUGAACGAAUCCAAGGAAGUAGAAUUCCAAGUGCGGAUUCCCAAGAAUGCCUUCAUCAGUAAAUUCAGAAUGUUUAUGGACGGCCAGGUGUACGAUGGUGUUGUGAAAACCAAGGAACAGGCUCAGCAGCAGUACACUGCAGCUGUAUCCCGUGGGCAAAGCGCUGGGCUCGUCAGCUCUGUAGGGAGGACCCUGGAGGAAUUUAAGACGUCAGUGACUGUGGCUGCUCACCAAAAGGUGACCUUUGAACUCACGUAUGAGGAACUGCUGAAACGCAGGCACGGCAAGUACGAACUGCAAAUCCAUGCUCGACCGAUGCAGCCUGUCAGCAACUUCAAGGUUGAUGUGUACAUUGAUGAAAAGGCUGGCAUCAGUUUCCUGGAGGUUAAAGGUGGACUAAGCACCAAAGCUCUGGCUAAUGCCAUCACCAAAACACUGACAGACAAACAGGCGUGGGUGUACUUCUACCCAACUGAAAGCCAACAGAAGACAUGUGACAGCUGUGGAGAGCAGGGUAUGAAUGGAGAUCUGGUUAUUGUUUAUGAUGUCAACAGGGACAUUUCAGUUGGUGACAUUAAGGCAUCAGGUGGAUAUUUUGUUCACCACUUUGCUCCGUCCAGUCUUCCACGGAUACCAAAGGAUGUUGUCUUUGUUAUUGAUCAAAGUGGCUCCAUGAGUGGCAGAAAAAUACAACAGACCAGGACAGCAUUAAUCCAUAUUUUGAACGAUCUGAAUGAAGAUGAUUUUUUUGGUCUCAUCACUUUUGCUGGUAACAUUUUUCACUGGAAGAGAGAACUUGUUCAGGCCACCAAGACAAACGUGAACAGUGCCAAGACUUUUGCACAAAAUAUUCCAGCCAGUGGAUCCACUGACAUUAAUGCAGCAGUGCUGGAAGGAGCUCGUAUUCUGAAGGCACAUCCCAGAGAAGGUUCAGCAUCGAUCCUUAUACUUCUGACUGAUGGAGACCCAACCUCAGGGGUGACAAACUUUAAAAAAAUACAGUCCAAUGUCCGAAAGGCCAUUGCAGGCAAAUUUCCUCUCUACUGUCUUGGUUUUGGUUUUCGCGUCAAUUUUGAAUUCCUUGAGAAGAUGUCACUGCAGAACAACGGUGUAGCACGACGGAUCUAUGAGGACUCUGAUGCUGACUUACAGCUGAAGGGUUUCUAUGAAGAGGUGGCCACUCCUCUGUUGACCAAUGUAACCAUGAUGUACACAGGAGGCACCAAUCUGACCCAGACUCACUUCACACAGUAUUAUAAUGGCUCUGAGAUUGUGGUGGCUGGUCAGAUCACUGACAAUGACAUCGAGACCUUCACUCCAGAAGUUAUAGCAAUUUCAGGAACAGGCAGUGUGAGGUUUUCUGAUACUAAUCCCACUGUGGAAUCGACUGACACAGUGUCUGACAGCCGCCUUCAGAGGGUUUGGGCCUACCUCACAGUCAAACAACUCCUGGACAAGGCGCUGCAGUUGUCUGGGCCUGAGAAGGAUCGAAUGAGGGAAGAGGCCUUGAAGCUGUCACUGAAGUACAGCUUUGUGACCUCACUCACAUCUAUGGUGGUCACAAAGCCUGAGGGAGAAAACUCUGAUGUGCUGCAUAAACCCAAAGAAGGCCAGAUGCAGCCUAUUCCAGGCCAGAUGCAGCCUAAUCCAGGUAUUAAUCCUCGUUCUGGUGGUGCUGGGAUCAGAGGUGGACAUCCCCAUAUUCUUCAUAUUGAAAGAGGAGAACCAUCUUUUGUACUAUUUCGUCGUAUUAUAACAGAUCCUGUUGUUUACAGGUUUUUGAUUAAAACUGAGAAUCAGUCUCUUCAACUCUGCUUCGACGUCCCUGGAGACACUCGCCUAAAACUUCUUCACCAUCCCAGUGAGGAGCUAUCUGUGUUUGGUCAUCUUGAUUCUGUAAAAGACAGAGGCUUUAAAAUAAUUGGCAUCCAUUUAAAAAAUGGCCAGUUUGUUGAGAUCACCACAGUUGGCAUCCGUGUAAGAGAAUCGUCAGGAGAUAUGCGCUCCUCUGAACGGAACCUUGUCUCACCUGACAUUACAGUGACUGGACGAGACAAGGAAUUUGAUGUUGCCGUUGGAGACACUCGCAUGGUCGUCUUAAUUCAUGAGGUGGAUGGUAACAAGUUCCUCUGGCCGGUUUUAAGUCAGAAGCCGUCGGACAACAACAUUGAUGGAAUUUUAGUUCUAAAGCCAGCAGUUUAUGAGGAGGUGCAGCAAAGUCCCUCCACAAAGCUGAAGAUCAGAGAUCAGGAGAUUGGUGUCACCAGAUCCAGUGCUGUUGACUACAGUAUUUCUGCUGCCCCAACACUGGACUGCUGGUUCAUGUCUGCUGAGUCCGCUCUGCAAAGACGCCUGGAUGAUUUCACUGUUUAAUCUGUCUCCACGUAGAAUAACCAGAAAUACGUUAUUGUUAGAUAUGUUAGAAAAACAAUUUAUUCUCUAUAGACAACAAUUACAAAUCAAUAAAACAUAUU